UAAUGUGAGCAGUGAAACUGACGUUUAACGGCGCUGAGUGGAGAGUUGUGUAUUUAUUCGACUUGCUAGACACUUAUUGGAGUCGAAAUUCACUAUUUGUCUUACGGGUUGCUCUUUAGUUACUUGUAAAGAAGUUUGAAAGAUACAACAAUUUAAAUUAUCUGUUCCAUUUAUCUAGAAUCUUAAUAAAAGUAAAUUCAACGACAGCUCUGGAUUCUAAAAACUGUUUUAAUGCUCUUUGUGAGCUGCUGGAUGGCUCAUUUAAAUUGGUUUCAUCUGGUACAAGUUGGACUUCAAUGAAAAGAGACUUGUUGAGGCUGUGAGCAUGAGCAGAUUCUUGGAUCCAGUUGCAUGAAGAAUAAAUAAGAAGAAUAAUAAGAUCAGUUUUUAACAUGUCUGAUAUUAUGAUCAACCUUUCCUCCUCUGUUGAUACCCCACAGGGAACUAGUCCCAGAGAUAAGCAAACAAGGAAGAGGAAGAGGUUUUUAAAAAAAACAAAAUACUUAAAGGCGCAGGGGGAUCUUAAAGUUAAACAAAAUAACGCUCAUCAAUGGAGCAGCCAUAAACGAAACCAAACUUCGAAUAAGCAUGGACCUACCACCAAAUAUCCACCUCCCCCCACUGCCACAAAAAGCAAAGGUUCUCCUGAUUUUAGCAGUACUACCAGUGGCUCUGACUGUAGCUCCAAGCCUUCAACCUCCUCUUUUAACCCUUCAUCAAUGACUUUCACUGUGACAAAUGAAGGUAGCCAUAAAAAGCCAAAACAACCAGUCGACACCAAAACAACAGCAGUGGGCUCCGGCCUUUCAACAUCCAGCAGCCAUAAACUCUCCACCUCCACAGAGAACCCCACCAAGUACCUGGCCAUUGACUGUGAGAUGGUGGGUGCAGGAGCCAAAGGUAGCAUUAGUCAGCUGGCUCGCUGCAGUAUCGUCUCAUAUAAUGGGCAUGUGGUCUACGACAAGUUCAUCAAGCCCUCCAUGCCUAUUACAGACUACCGCACACGAUGGAGCGGUAUUCGUCCCAGAGACCUCUUCAAUGCCACACCGUACCCAGAGGCCAGGAAAGAGAUCCUGAGGCUUCUCAUGGGGAAGGUUGUUGUUGGCCAUGCCAUACAUAACGACUUCAAGGCGCUCGGUUACACUCAUCCUUCCGCCCUGACGAGGGACACAUCGAGAAUCCCUCUUCUCAACCAGAAGGCUGGUUUUGCUGAGAAGGAGUGUGCUUCACUGAAGAGACUCACCAAGGCCAUCUUCAAUCGUGAGAUCCAGACUGGAAGGAAAGGCCACUCUUCUGUGGAAGAUGCUAAAGCCACGAUGGAGCUUUACAAAGUGGUAGAGGAGGAAUGGGAGAUGAUUCUUGUCUCCAAAUCCCGUCCUACUUAGUGCUGUGUUUGAAGAGAAAACUCAGUUCAACUGCCUUUAAAUUUGAAGAUGUACUACAAUGAAACCCACAUGUAUUCUCCUAGGGAACGUGUCUAUUUGGUGUUCUGGGAAUGCUUGAAGACAUAAUGUGUGAAGAAGGAUUUCACACCAUCUCUCACCUUUAUUUUUCUACUUGGAGCUGCAGCCUACCACUAACAGUGGCAUUCAUCCAUGACAACCCUAAAGCACCUUUCUUAUCAGUUUGCAUUAUUUGUUGUAGUGAAACUGAAGGAUAAAACAUGUUUUAGUAGCUGCAGUUAUACAGGAGCACACAGAGCCAGUAGAUAUACUGGGUAAAGUAAAGGUGUACAGUAACUUCUAAUGAGCAUGUUGAGAUAUUUUUGUAACACAGUUUCCACACAGGUUAGUGGAAAAGAUGUCAAUGUUUAAAUGUUCAUACACACCUGCAAGAAUAGUUUCAAAUCUAAUUUUAUAAAGGGAGCAGACAAAAGUUCUAGCACAGAGCUUUCCAGGGAUUAGAACAGACACCACAUUAUUGUGAGUAGUUGUAACUUUCAUCCUCAGGGUUUAAAAUGGUGCUUCUGCCACUUCAGAGGCAGAACGGAUGUAAUCAAAUCCAUUUAGAUGGUUUUGUAAUUUAGAGGUUAGCAAGAUGGUGCUAUCAUUCUCAACUGUGGGAAUGAUGUUCGUUCUGCACCAAACAAACUUGUUGGAAGUUUGGCCAAAAAGUUUCAAACUUUGGUUUUCUGGGACCAUGACACGUUUUUUUUCUGCUAUCAGGGGAAAUUCAAAUGCGGUUUUGUAACAAUUCAACCUGCUGAGAAUGUUUUUCCUAAAAGGAAAAUACGUCCAUCUACUGCAUAGCCCAGAAGUAUGAGGAAUGCAGGAGUUGUCACAUUUUCUGCUCCGCCAGUGCUUUCCAGACAUUUCUGCAAAUCCUUUCCUGUUGCUGUAGGGCUCCUGGCAGCCUCCCUUUUAUUCAUGGCUGCUCAUCACUUCAUGGAGCGAUGACCAAUUAUUGGUGAUAUUUUCUCCACUUGAUAACUCUUCACUUUAUUUCAUUUGAUAUCUGUUGCCUUAGAAAUUCUUGAGUAUUUUUCUCUUUAUUUUUUACCACUAAAGAUCUCAGCUUGCUGUUUAAUCGUCCUUUUAACUAAGAAUUGUGGACUUAUUUUAUCCACUCAAUCAGUCAGAAAGGUGAAAAACAUGAGAAUGUUGAUGACUGAUCUUGCAAGGAGACCAUGUUUAAUUUUUAUCCUCUUAACAUCAGUCUAAGGUUUUAUGGCCAUCCUUUGUUAAUAUUAAUGCAAAAUAAAACCACAUCGGUGGGGAACCUUUUGUUAUUGACCGUGGGAUGUGGGUGUCGGACCCAAAGGCAGCAUUAGUCAGCUUGUUCAGUGAAGAAUCACCUUGUAUGAUGAAGAUGUGGUUUAUAAGAUGUUAACCAAGCCCUGGAUGCCUGUUAGUGACGUCCAGUAUGGUGGUAUCCAACCUGCAGAUCUCACUGGAGCCACACCUUAAUCAAAGGAAAGGAAAGGGUUUAGGAUUCUAAUGUGCUUCAGUGAACAGGUUCUGGUUUAGUGUAUAUUCCUUGAAGGGGGAAGGUGUAGCACUGCAGUGCGUGUUUUAGAUGACGGGUAAACAUACUGUUUUUCAUGUUUUUUUCUCUGCCAACUGAAGUUGCUUAAUUCACUCACAAUAUUGUGGCUUCAAAUUUCCCAUAAGCCUCUUUUACUCAUUUCACAGCUGUAGUGACAUAGUGUUUGACAUAGAUUUUAUUCAAUGCUGUUUUCAAUUCAGCCGUGAUUCAACAUUAGACUGACAUUUUAAACAUGUUAACAUUAACCUCGUGAUCCACAAUUGAUUUUUCAUCUUAAUAUUGUAUUAACAGCUAUUGCUGCACAUGUUCCACGUUGCUGCUUUUAAGGGAGGUGGAACUCAGUCAUUUUUAUUUUCAACAAUCAUUUGAAGUAGACUGAGACCUUUUUAAAGCUCAUCAUUCAUCAAUAAUAUUUGAUCUACUUCUCCUUUUACAUAAGAUUGCAGAAAUAACAUAUUGCAGCCAUCUCUCUGUUAUAUUGUUUAUUCUGUUUUUACCUCAUUUAAAGGGUAAAUGCUGUCAAUAGCUUUUUUUUUAUUCCCUCUGGGUUUUAAAAAAAAUAAAAGAUUUUUUUUUGUGGUGGCAUAACUUU